GCAUCAUAUUGUAAUCAGACUCGGGAUGGCUGAAACAUCACUUCGUCCAAAAUAAAGCAAAUGUUCGCAUAUUUUUCUACCUUUGCCAUAUGAUCAACUUUCAUAUCUUCUAACGAUGGAUACAGAGACAUUUUGUUUAUUCUUUACUUCGCGAUUGUCACAAACUAACUUUCUUUUCAGCCGCAAACAAUAGUAGUUUUAUUUUGCUGCGAAAUUUUGAUGUUUUGAAAUAUCAAGGAAGCUUUUCUAUUUUUAGCCGCAAAUGAUGUCAUCUCGGAAAUGGCCGUCUACGUCAAGACGUCGGCGUUGCCCAUAUUUGGGCAGCAUCGUCAUUAUUUGUAGCACGAUCGCUGUUACGUUGGUUGCCGAGUACCCUCCGAGUAUCAAAUUCCUUUAUCACACUUGCACAACUUAAACAUUUUGUAAAAUAUUUCUUUGUAAAUGCUUCUUUGUUUGAAAAAAAGGUAAGUCUCAGUUAAUUAUGUUCUUCAUCUCUAAGUCCAUUCAAAGAAGGAAAAUUACAAAGCUUUUUAAUGGUUUUUAAGCGUAAAUUGACAUAAAUAUGCUGCAAUUUUUUUGCUCAAUAAAUUAUGAAUCAUCGAUCGUUUUCUCCGGGCGGAAUAUGAACCCACUUUUCAUGUGACUAGCAUGUGACCAUUGCAACGCAAAAUUCAGUAAUAUUGCAGCAAAAAAAUAUAUGCGUCACGCGUGAAUUUAUUUUUUCACAAAUUUGUUGUAUAUAUAUUUUGACAUUUUGCAAAAAUGGCUUAUAUAGCUGGCAUCGAACUAGGCGGUACUACAUGCGUAGCCGCAAUAUCGGAUGUUGAAAAUCCUGAAAUUAUCGUAGAACGUAAGGAAUUUAAUACUGGUAAUGUCCCUGCGUCAACGCUGAGUAAUUUAGUGGGAUUUUUACAGCAACUUUUAAAAAAAUAUGGAGCAGAAAGUUUUAAGGCUAUUGCGAUCGCUUCAUUUGGUCCAAUUGAUUUGCGGAAAGAAUCGCCUAAGUAUGGUUAUAUAACCUCUACGCCGAAACCUGGUUGGCAAAAUGUGGACGUGGUUGGCGUAUUCAUGAAAGCAUUUCCAAAAGUACCUGUCGUGUUUGAGACCGACGUCAACACGCCUGCAAUUGCCGAGGCUACAAUAACUGGUGGUUCGAGGCUUCAAAAUGUUGUGUAUAUCACGGUCGGGACAGGUGUUGGUGUUGGUGUGCAUAUAAAUGGGUCCCCUGUGCAUGGUCUGUUACAUCCUGAGGCAGGUCACAUGAUCGUAGGAGUGAUGCCGGCCGACACCUACCCUGGUGGUUGCCCGUUUCACAAAAAUUGUAUCGAAGGCAUGGUAAACUCGAAUGCACUGGCGGCAAGAGCCGGUGUCCAGCCCUCCGAGCUCGGCACAUUGCCAGACUCUCACCGGGUUUGGGAAAUAGCUGGAUAUUAUUUGGGUGUCCUGUGUGUUAAUCUGACUUACUUGCUCUCGCCUGAUGUUAUAAUACUCGGAGGUGGAGUAAUGCAGCGCAAUGUACUUUUUGAAAAGUGUAGGAAGAAUUUUAAACAGUUAAAUGCUGGUUACGUGUUGGUUGAGAAAUUUCAAACAGAUGAAGGAUUAAAUGAAUAUAUUUGUGGCAGUAAGUUUGGUAAUAAUGCUGGCAUAAUAGGUGCAUUGUUAAUGGCUAAAUCUGCUGUGAAGUCUACUUGAUUAAGUUGUAGUUAGAUUGACAAUUGUUGUGUAAUAAUACUGAGAAUAUAACCUUAAAUUCUAGACCUUUAUUCUGUCUAAUGCCAGACUACUUUACUCAUCAAGGGGAUCUGGAGUCUUGAACACGUUAUAGGGUUAAUUAAAUAAUUAUGUAUUUUAAAUAAAUAAAAAUUAAAUGACUCUUUAAAUAAACAAAAAAACUGAGAUUUUUGCAAUGACGUUUAUUGAAUAAUAUAGCAAUUAACUUCAAAGAAAUCAGGACAAUGUAACAAGUUCAGAACUAUAUUUGAUAAGGAUUAAGUCCAAGACACAUAAUGUUGAUAUUUUCCUUCAAUUGAUGGGCCAGAUAGGUUUUCUUGCGGAGUUUUCUUUGGAACAGGAACAGCUUGAUCCCCAAGUGUACCAGUCACACCCUUGCCAUGCCCACCCACUGUUAUUUUCCAGGGCAGCAUAAUCACGACUAUUACCAGAACUCGUUUUCUUGCUGAGAUGACGUAUACAGGAGUCGCCAUAACACGAACAAUAUACUCCGACCGUGUAAUGACAAUCUUCGUCAUGGUGACAACCAGAUGGCGCAAUGGUACAUUCAUAAACCGGGUUUGUUUGAGUGGAGUGUGUCGCAAAGUUGAAGGUCUGUAGAGAUGGUCCACGUUUGGCUGAAAUAUCAAGUGUUGUAAUUCAUUCAGAAUUUCUGAGAAACAUCCGUGGAAAAUGACUUAUAGAAACAACCGUUGGAAAAGCUUUUAAACAUGCAGGGAUAAGACUCGGACGGAUUGUACCAGUGUAGGUAGUGAGAAUAAUACCAGAAAGCUGUGGAUUUAGAAGAUUCAACUGCUUGAAAAAUAUAACUUGAAAAGUAAAAUUUCAUAAGAACGAGUACGGGGGCUAUGCCAACCCUUUUAUGUUUUGAUCUGAAACUUACUAAGGGUUUCAAUAUUCUGACGGUUCACCCCCACAAAAAUUUCGAGGAGUAAUAUGCCCCCCCCCCCUCGGUAUUUCUAUCGCUAACAUACCUUUUUUAUAAUCGCAGCCAAAAUUCAAGAAGCCAUCAAAGUAGUAUUUAAGAUUUGUAGCUUGUACUCUGUAAUCUUGUUGUUCGCCAAGGAUCUGCCAGACAGGUGUGAGGGUGUACUGUAUCGGUGUGGGGUUGCUAUGCCCUUCUUUGAGGAAUUGCAGGAUAAUUUCGUUGGAACGAUCGUAGAGGAUUUUUUGUCGCGUUGCUGGGGUCCCGCCACGAACAGUGAUUGAUGACGUCAUGCGCUCGUUAGAAAUCUAGGAAAGAUGUAAGUUGGUGAAACCAUAGGGAGAGUUGACAAGCGAGAGUUUGCAGGAGAGUUUUCUCAACUCUUCAUUCUCGGAAACAGUGUCAAGAUCCCUGCUGCUCGUUGACAAGUCUGGAACAAGUUGUUAUCAUCUUGUAACAAGGUUGAUGAGGCCAACAGACUCGCAACAAGUUGUUCCAACAAGUCUGAUAUCGUCUGCACGUAACAAAGUCUUGUUGGAACAACUUGUAGCAAGUUUGUUACCGUCAUCAACCUUGUAACAAGGUGAUAACAACUUGAUUCAGACUUGUUACAACAACUAGUAACAAGCAGUGCGAACACAUCCUGAUAUCGGCUUGACAACAACCUUGUUACAACUUGCUUGCAGAUCUUUAACAACUUGCGCGUUUUACUCGUGAUACGAAAGCCACGUACCUUGUUGAUUUCUUCUUGAGAGACACUAGAACAUGCAGAAACAGAGACUUUGGCGACAGCAACAUCUUUUGCCAGAGAAGCACAUGCUUUUACUGUGAACUCACGUGCUGUAUAAGAAGACGACUGUUCACCAAAUGCAUAUUGAUCAAUGCUAGCACCAAAUGUUACAGCAGUGACGACGUGCGAACCAUGAGUGUCCAGGAACCUAUUAUUGCAGUAAAAACAUAUAUUGGGUCACUUUCCUUAUUACUUUUGCGAAGCAGUAAACUUGGCAAAGCUAAGAUAAAUGUUUUGUGAUUGGCUUCCGUAAACUAGAGGUCACUCGAAAGCCCGCUCAACAAUAAGCUCCUCUCAAAGGCUCAGGCGUGGCUGAAAUAAAUUUAAGGUAUGAAAAGCGCUAAAACUGUACCUUUGAUAAUCUCUCCAAGACGACUUGUGCCAAGGUGUAGCAAUCUUCUUUUGUAGAGCAGAAAAAUCUUUCAUGAGCCUUGAAUGCUUUUCAGUAUUAUAAAGGCAGUUGGGUUUCACUUGUUCUUCGUACGCCUUGGUUUUCAAGUUGAGAGAGGUACCGCUCACUUCGCGUUUACUACCACUCACACUUUUCGUGGUGACAUCGAGGGACGCUCCGAGCGAGAAAUGUCCUUCGUAUUUCGCGUCAAGGCCAGUUUCUGUUGCGAUACUCUUGUAAAACUCUCCCGUGUUCUUGUAAAAUGAUUGGUCUUUGGUGGUGGUCGCGAGGUUCACUUUGCGCUUGCAUGCGUCGGGGAGUUUUGUAUAGAAUGAUAUUCCAUUCGGGAUGUCUCCCAACAAGUCUUCUCUGGGAACAUAAAUGGAUUUUCCAAGCAAAGAGUGGAACUCCGCUGAGCGAACUGAAAAACAAAAUAUGUCUUAUUUGGAUUUUAGUUUAAAUUGACCAGAGUCAGCAGGGUGGGUGCAAAUACUUGGCUUAUGUACUGGAUGUUUUACCCGUGUUGCAUGUAGCUGCUUUUGUUCCGCGUUUCAAGAUUGCGUGAAAUUAAAACUGCGCGAAAAACUAACGCGUUCUGUUUGCGCAAAUUUAAAAUCGCGCGAAUUUACGAUGAUAGCAUCUUCAUGUAUAGAAUUGAGUUCAAAUUUCCUUUUGCAAAGUGGUGUUUUAUUUAAAACUUACCAACAGAUGUCAAGAACAACACAUUAAUCACCAAUGCCCCAACGUUGUACAUUAUUUAAACUGUUCAUAAAAAGAAAUUAAAACAAUUUAAUAUUUGAACAAAGGAUCACACGCGCAAGAUAUUUCAAAAUAACAUGAAUAUAUACAGAUAAUACUACAUCAUUAAUAAAGCCAUUUUUACCCUUUUCCAAUCGAACUGUUGUAGAGUUAGCUCUUGAAAAAAAUGGUGAAAGUUUUCUUCAACUAGAUUCCUUUAUACUCUCAUUUGUUUAAUUAGCUUCAACAGUUGGUUAAACAAGUAAUAAAUUUGAAUUGUUUUUGUUUAAGAGCCUGUCUGGGUUGUUUUUUAAUAAACUCCAACUUUAGGUUAUUAAAUAUCAAUGGCCACUUUAAGCCUUUGAAGGAUUUUUCAUGAAGCAAUAUAUUGGAGAGUUGUCCGUAUUAGAGAGGUCAGAGGUGUCCGUAUUAGAGAGUUGUCUGUACUAUAGAGAGGUGUCUGUAUUAGAGAGGUGUCUGUGCUAGAGAGGUAUCUGCAUUUGAGAUGUGUCUGUAUUAGAGAGUUGUCCGUAAUAGAGAGGUAUCUGUAUUAGAGAGGUGUUCCGUGUUCGUAUUAGAGAGGUGUCAAGGUUCAAACUAUCUUAACAUUUAGUAUUUUGAAGUAUUAGAUUAAAUCGUAUUUUAUUUUUUGUUCUCUCCACGUAUAAAAACAUAAAAUAUAUUUUCUUUCCAAGACAUAAUUUCUAUCAAUUAAAAUGUGUGUAUUCUACAAUCAGGUUUCGUAAACAAAAUUACAGAAAUAUUUGUACAGAUUACAUUGUGUUUACUUUUAAUAUAACUUUUAAUAUGUGAUGUCGUUACUGAUGAUAUUUGCAUAUCAAAUAAAAUUGAAUAUCUCGGGAAGGAAAAGAGCUGAAAGAAAAGAGCUGAAAGACAGAAAGUAUUCUAUACCCACGAGGUUAUAUAGUUAUAUUUUAAGUGUUCUUUGCAAUCAAGAAAAGAAUGGGUGAAAUUCUUGCCAUAAGCAUGUAAUAUAAUUAGGUGGUGUGUUCUAUAUUCUUCUUGAUCGGAUUUUGUAUUAUUUUUGCUAGGUUAAAGAGGUCUGGAUUAGGUGUGAGAGGGCCAAUAGCUGGCUUUCAGCCACGUGGUACAUUUAGCAACUCCAAAACGUGGUACAUUUAGUAACUCCAAAAGAAGUUACCAGAGCGAGUUAAUUUUUUCAUUAUAUGUGUAAUUGACUUUGUGUUUGGUAGCAAAUGCAUGCAAUUUGGCGAAAUUUGCUCGCUUCCACAAAACAUAAAGCGUCGAUACGUGUAAAGUUGACCACUAAGCUUUUCCUUACGUGAUAAUUGGGGGUGGUGGUACAUAUUCAUAUACACAUACCGCAAAAACAAUCGCUUUCAAAAGAAAUCUGUCGGGCAGAGCACGAAUAUAUGAAUAUGCACCCAAUCAUCGCGUCUAGGUAGAGCCCUGCUUAGUGAAACCCACCUAUUGUAGACAAAACAACUGAGACUUUGAAAUUAAUUUGCAAUGACAUUUAUUGAUUGAAAUAAUUGAGAUAGAAACAGUGAAGUUUACUUCAAAGAAAACAUGACAAUGUUACAAGUUUUACAGUAGUACAUCAGUAAGAAGUAAGUUAGAUUGUUUAACACAUAAAGUCCAGAGUCCAAGACACGCAAUAUUGAUAUUUCUUUCAAACGAUGGGCCAGACACGUUUUCUUGAGACAUUCUCUUUAGCACAAGUACAACUUGCUCCCCAAGUGUACCAGUCACACCCAUGCCAUCCCCACCCGCUGUUAUAUUCCUGGGUUGGAUAAGAACGAGUAUUACCAGAACUUGUUUUCCUGUUGUGAUGACGUAUGCAGGAGUCGCCAUAACACGAGCAAUAUAUUCCGACCGUGUAAUGACAAUCUUCGUCAUGGUGACAGCCAGAUGGAGCAAUGGUACAUUCAUAAACCGGGUUUGUGUCUGUUGAGUGUGUCGCAAGGUUGAAGGUCUGCAUAGCUGGUCCACGUUUGCCUGAAAUUGAUUAAAUAUUAGCCAGUACGUUUUUCUAGUUAAAAUAUAAUUGACCAAUGAGGAUCUUGUAAUUGUAAUUAAGAGGAGAAUUUUUUGUAUGUUAAGUAACAAGCGCUCACAACUAAUGAGAGUAUAAUAUACCACUUGCUGUUCAUUCAAAAUUUGACCUAUUUGUUUUAUAUAAUAAAAAGAAAUGAAAUCGCAAAAGUCGACAUGUACAUACAGUACCUUUUUUAUAAUUGCAGCCGAAAUUCAAGAAGCCAUCAAAGUAGUAUUGGAGAUUUGUAGCUUGUACUCUGUAGUCUUGGUGUUCGCCAAGGAUUUGCCAGACGGGUGUGAGGGUGUACUGUAUCGGUGUAGCGUUGCUAUGGCCUUCUUGGAGGAAUUGCAGGAUAAUUUCGUUGGAACGGUCGUAGAGGAUCUUUUGUCGCGUUGCUGGGGUCCCGCCACGAACUGUGAUUGAUGACGUCAUGCGCUCGUUAGAAAUCUAGGAAGCAAAAGUUUGCAUGAGAGUUGACUAGAUCACUUACCAUGCUCAAUAUGGUAAUAUCAUCGUUAAUAUCAUCCUCGCUUGAUCGGAGAUUACACACGUAAAAAUGUCACAACUUGUCAACAAGAUGUGUUCGCAACAGGCUUGUAGCAAGUUUGUCAAACUGUUGAGCUCAACAAUCUUGUAGCAAGUUGUCAAUAAGUUGGGAACAAGCAGUGCGAACACAUCCUGUUGACAAGUUGUUGGAACAAGUCUGCUGCAGGUUUGUUACAACUUGUGCGUUUUACGUGUGUACCUAAAGUACUGUUUAAUAAACUCGCAAGUCGUGUUUUAUUAGGUUUAAAGCCACGAGCGCGCAGCGCGAGUAGCUUUAGACCUAACGAAACACGACUUGCGAGUUUAUUGAACGGCUUCAAACACGACUACAAAUUCAAUAGAUUUACUGCCUUUUAGUAUUCUUUAUAUAAAAAAUACUAAUGAGGACACGACUACAAUAGAUACUGCCUUAUUAGUAUUCUUUAUAUAAAGAAUACUAAUUUAUAUAAAGAAUACUAAUUAGGAGUGUUUUAUCAGGUUUAAAGCCACUGCACGUGACAUAUUAUGGUUAACAUGAUUUGCCAAUAAGCUUAUGAAUUAUUAAUGAGUGUUUGAAUUAUUAUUGUAUAUACGUGCAAAAUUUUACAUCGAUCCUGUCAACGAGAUAUAAGGAUUUCACCUUUGCGCACUCAAUUUUGAGCGUAAGGUAUUUUCAAAGCAGUAUCCGCGAUUGUCUACCGAAAAAAUUGCGUCGAGAAUAGCGUGCACGGAGAUGCGUCUGUCUGUCUUCGUACCUUGUUGAUUUCUUCUUUAGAGACACUAGAACAUGCAGAAACAGAGACUGAGGCGACCUCAACAUCCUUUGCCAGGGAAGCACAUGCUUUCACUGUGAACUCGCGUGCUGUAUAGGAAGAUGACUGCUCACCAAAUGCAUAUUGAUCAAUGCUAGCACCAAAUGUUACAGCCGUGACGACGUGCGAGCCAUGAGUGUCCAGGAACCUAGUAAUAUAUCAGAUGCAACCUGUAGUAUUUCGUGGGACUCGUAAAUAUUUUCCCUAGUCGUGUCGCAGAUGAUAAGUUCUCAAGGAAUAUAUUUGGACUAUUUGGAUUAGCAACACUUAUGCAGUGACGUUUAAGUACAGUCUGUGAUCUAUUUGAAAGGGGCUUCGGUGGUGGUGAUGGUAUAGGAGCAGGCGCCUUUCACUUCUCUGAAUUCGUGGCUUCAAUUCUCGCUAUAACCUCAUAUGAAAAACGUCUGUAUAUAUAAGCUCUGCCGAAAGUCGUGGCUUUUCUCCGGGUGGUCUGAUUUUCUCCCACAUGAAAAAGUUGACAGGGUGGGUUAGGAUAAACACAGUUGAGAAAAUCACAAUUGUUGUAAAGAUAAAAUUGAAAUUAAUGUUAAUCGUAAACCUAUAACGACCAAAUAUAUCCCAAACUGUACCUUUGGUAGUCUCUCCAAGAUGAUUUGUGCCAAGGCGAAGCAAUCUUCUUUUGUAGAGCAGAAAGAUCUCUAAUGAGCCUUGAAUUCUUCUCAGUGUUAUAAAGGCAGUUGGGUUUCACUUGUUCUUCGUACGCCUUGGUUGCCAAGUUGAGAGAGGUACCGCUCACUUCGCGUUUACUACCACUCACACUUUUCGUGGUGACAUCGAGGGACGCUCCAAGCGAGAAAUGUCCUUCGUAUUUUGCGUCAAGACCGGUUUCUGUUGCGAUACUCUUGUAAAACUCUCCCGUGUUCUUGUAAAAUGAUUGAUCUUUGGUGGUGGUCGCGAGGUUUACUAUGCGCUUGCAUUCGUCGGGGAUUUUUGUAAAGAAUGAUAUUCCAUUCGGGAUGUCUCCCAACAAGUCUUCUCUCGGAACGUAAAUGGAUUUCCCAAGCAAAGAGUGGAAGUGAUGCUCUGCUUCUGAGCAAACUGAAAGAAAGUAUGUUCAAAUUCCCCAGUAUAGUCUGGGUGAAACAUGCUUGAUGUGUAUACCGGAUGUUCUAUAUACCCGCGCGUUCACAUAGCUGCGCGCGCUUCAAUCCGCGCAAAAAAUGAACUGCCAAAAACUGUCCAACUUUUUUCCGGGUAAAAUUUCAAAUUUUCGAACUUUCCUUUAAAAUAUUGUCAAUUAUGGCUUUUUCAAAUUGGUCAGCUGGUUGAUUGCAUUGUACUCGCAUAUACAGACAAACAGUACAGGCAGGCUGGUGAUUGCUACAGUAUUAUUAUUACUGUUAUUAUUAUUAAACUGUAGUAUUUAUAAAAUUUUAACAGGCAUUUUCUUAAUAACGUCAUUUUAACAAGGAAAAAAAUCAUCGUUUAAAUAUGACUUUCUAGUUUUGUUCCAUAUCAAAAUUGCGCGAAAUUAAAACUGCGCAAAAAACCGCGUUCCGAGUGGGCAAAAUUAAAUCGCGUGAAUUUAAGACCAAGCAAAAAUGAGAGGAGCUUAAGUGCAUGGCAAUUAUCAUUGCCUCACCAGUGCCCAUAGAACCAUUGCGUUUGGAUUGAGUUUAAAUUUCCUUUUGCAAAGUGGUGUUUCAUUUAAAACUUACCAACAAAUGUCAAGAACAACACAUUAAUCACCAAUGCUCCAAGGUUGUACAUUAUUUAAACUGUUAAUAAAAAUAAAUUAAAACAAUUUAAUAUUUGAACAAAGAAUCACACGUGGAAGGUAUUUUAAAAUAAUAUGAAUAUACAGAUAAUACUACAUCAUUAAGAAAGUCAUUUUUACCCUUUUUCAAAAUCGAACUUUUGUAGAGUUAGCUCUUGAAAAAAAUGGUGAAUAUUUUGUUCAACCUCGUUCUAUUAUAUUGUCGUGUAUUGAAUUAGCUUCGGCAGUUGGUUAAACUAGUAAUAAAUUUCAAAUAUUCUUGUUUGCUUUACCUGUUUAGGUUGUUUUUUUAAUUAUCGCCAUUCUACUAUGUGUAAUUAAGUAUCGAAUGAAUAAGUCGUUGAUUAAGCUUCGUGUUUUUGCUUUUGCCUAUUAAUUAAGGAAUUUUCAUAAAGCAAUAUAUUAGAAAGGGUGCCCAAUUUAGAGAGGUGUCUGUAUUAAAGAGGUAUCCGUAUUAAUUAAAGAGGUAUCCGUAUUAAGGAGGUGUCCGUAUUGGGGAGAUGUCUGUAUUAGAGAGGUGCCUGUAUUAGAGAGAUGUCUUUAUUAGAAAGAUGUCUGUAUUAGAGAGGUGUCUGUAUUAGAGAGAGUCUGUAUUAGAGAGAUGUCUGCAUUAGAAAGAUGUCUGUAUUAGAAAGGUGUCUAUAUUAGAGAGGUGUUAUUAAAUAUUAUUAAACGUUUUUAACAUAUAGUAUUUUGGAGUGUUGGAUUACAUCUUAUUUUCAUAGAGUAUUCAUUUUUUACUCUCGCCACAUGUAAAAACUCUGAAGAAUAAUUAUUUCUCAAAAUCUCAGUUAUAUUAAUUAAGAUGUGUGUAUUCUACAAUCGGGUUUCGCAAGAAAAACUACAGAAAUAUUUGUACAGAUUGCACGUGUUUACUUUUAAUAUAAAAUUUAAUAGAAAAACGCAAAUAUGCGUGAAGGUUUUUGAGAUGUGUAUUCAUCUUGGAAAUCGUUGAACAUUGUUAAAAAAUUUCUCGAAUUUAAUGAUCGCACUUGAUGUGUCAUUGGCCAUACUUGGGAGUAAUCUUGACUAAGGUGUCUACUUCUAAAUUUAGAGAGGUGUCUGUAUUAGAGAGAUGUCUGUAUUAGAGAGAUGUCUGUAUUAGGGAGAUGUCUGUAUUAGAGAGGUGUCUGUAUUAGAGAGGUGUCUGUAUUAGAGAGGUGUCUGUAUUAGAGAAGUGUCUGUAUUAUAGAGGUGUUGUAUUAGAGAGAGGUGUUGUAUUAGCGAGAUGUCUGUAUUAGAGAGAUGUCUGUAUUAGGGAGAUGUCUGUAUUAGGGAGAUGCUGUAUUAGGGAGGUGUCUGUAUUAGGGAGGUGUCUGUAUUAGAGAGAUGUCUGUAUCAGAGAAGUGUCUGUAUUAGAGAGGUGUCUGUAUUAGAGAGGUGUCUGUAUUAGAGAGAUGUCUGUAUUAGAGAGGUGUCUGUAUUAGAGAGGUGUCUGUAUUAGAGAGGUGUCUAUAUUAGAGAGAUAUCUGUAUUAGAGAGGUGUUUGUAUUAGAGAAAUGCUGUACUAAAGAGGUGGCUGUAUUAAAGAGGCAGUGCUGGAAAAUGUCCGGCAGCGCCAGCAGCACCGCUGCCAGGAAAUGUUUAACAAAAUAUCUUCGCAGGAAAUUUUCUUGCACCUUGCAGGAAAUAUUUUUUCACGCCAUAUAAUUUACUUAUUGUUUAAAAAUUCCAAAUUAAGCAUUUUGCAAGUCGAGGUGUGCGCCAUCAUAGUCCACACGUUCUCUGAAAUCUACAUAGGAACGUUUUAUAGUUGACUUACACAGGAAAUUUUAAUUUUUGAAUUUUGCUGCCAGGAAGAUAAAUAUAUUUUCUAGGCCUGUAAAGAGGUCUCUGUAUUGAAUGUAUUUUGUAAUGUACUUUAACUGACUAAAUAUUAAAGUAGAUUUAAGUUUAGUAGAUUUAACUGACUAAAUAUUAAAACUUAGUACUUGUGAGUAUUGAAUUAAAUCUUGCUUUGAUAGAAUUUUGUUCACGCCACAUGUAAAAACAGAAUCUGAAGUUCUAUUAAUUUUAAGAUUCUACAAAAAGAAGAUCUGAGUUCUAUUAAUUAAAAUGUGUGUACUGCACAAUGGGGUUUCGCAAGAAAAAUUCUACAAAUAUUCGUUCAGUUUGCAAUGUGUUUACUUUUAAUAUAACUUUUAAUAAAACAACGCAAACAUGUUUUAACAAGUGUAUUCAUCUUGGAAAUCGUCGAACAUUACCGAAAAUGUGCGGGCAAAACUCGAGUUUUUUUAACACACUUUUGAGGUGUUCUAUACGUAUAGGUUAUUUUGAGGCAACGAGAGGAUAUGUGAUUUAUUCACCGAGGCGCGCAGCGCCGAGGUGAAUAAACAUAUAUCCCCGAGGUGCCUCAAAAUAACGUACUUAUUUUUCACAUUGCGAGGUCGCGUUAAUGAGUCAGAAUAGAAAUAAUUGUUAAUGCCAUAUUGCCUUCGUUAUGUUAUUUUUUCUCAUUUUUUGUGCUGCAAAGACAUUGCACGUGAAUAUUAGAGAGGAUUAUUAAACGGAAAUUGAUUAGAAGGGAAUAUUGAAUAUAUUCCCCGAUAAGAACAAAGGAAACCGAGCAGGGUGAAAAAUAAGUCGGUAAUAAAUAGCUUUCGUGUUUGCUAAAUUAUUUCUCAAACGUACUUGCAAUUAAAGAGAAUUUGUGGCUAUGAAGUAUGCCUGUUUUUGGCAUACCUUGUAGACACGGUGUUUGGCUAUAAAGUAUGCCUGUUUAUGGCAUGCCUUGUAGCCACGGUUUGUGGCUAUAAUGUAUGGUCAUGUAUGCUUGUUUUCGGCAUAUCUUAUAGACUAUAGCCUUGGUUUGUGGCUAUAAAGCCUGCUUAUUUUCGGCAUACCUUAUAACCACGUCCGUUUGUGGCUAUACUGGUCUGCCUGUACCCACGGUUUGUGGCUAUACUGGUCUGCCUGUACCCACGGUUUGUGGCUAUACUGGUCUGCUUGUACCCACGGUUUGUGGCUAUCAAGCUUCUUUUCAGCAUAUCUUUUAGCCACAGUUUGCCUCUCAGUCCUGUAAGUUGUACCAUUACUUUCUUGGGAACUUUUUUAACAACACUGGAUUUAUCAGUGUAUAUAUACAGAUCAAUGGACUGAGCCUUAAUCGUUCCCAUCAUGCACCAUAAUAUCGGCUGAUACCCACAAUGCAUUGCGAUUUCAAGAUGGCGUCGAUAUUGUUAAAAAGGUUUAUUGAAAAUUUAUUAGCCCGCAAAGCAGGUGCUCGCGGGCUUGAUUCCUGAAAAUUUAUAAUUUAUUCAUAUCUAUUCCCAGGCCUUCGAAUAGCGCGUUGAUGUUGCAUCAUCUUUUGAGAGCCACAUGUUUAUAUUGAAAAUUUUUAAAAACUUUUGAAUAAAAAGUGUGUUGAAAAUGCCCCUUUCCUGUCGUUUUUAUCAACACAAAUACCCCGAAGUAGACGAUGUCGUUAUGGUUAAUGUGAGAAACAUCGCCGAAAUGGGUGCCUAUGUCAAUCUCCUCGAAUAUAACAAUAUAGAAGGCAUGAUUUUGCUCAGUGAACUGUCUCGCAGGAGAAUUCGGUCUAUAAAUAAACUCAUCCGGGUUGGAAAGAACGAAUGUGUUGUUGUUAUUCGCGUCGACAAGGAAAAAGGUUUGUUUUGAUGUCUGCUUUGAAACUGUUUUAUUUUGGUUGAAUAUUCACUGGCAAUCAAUAUUAUUGAUUGCCAUUGAUUAUAUUAUUGAUUGUCAUUGAUUAUAUUAUUGAUUGUCAUUGAUUAUAUUAUUGAUUGUCAUUGAUUAUAUUAUUGAUCACAUUGAUUCUCAAACUGUUAAUGUUAGGUGGUAUUUGUAUUAAAAGUAUAACAUUGCCAUAUGUGUGAUCAUUGAAAUUAAUAAUCAAUAAUUGUGAAAUUGAUGAAUAAUCGUGAAACAUGAAUUUACGAAAUCGAUGAUCAAUAAAAUCAAAGUCAAAUAAUAAAUAUAUCAAUUGAUUGGUAUUGAUUAUCAAUAAACAUCAAUGGACCAUCUAAUCUGAUUGAUAUUGACUGGUAUUUGUGAAAUUAAAGCCGUAAAAAUUGGGAAGGAAAUAUCUUUGUGCAGAGGUUUGGUGUGAUACCAGCAUGAACUAUCCAACAAGAUUGGAAAAGCUUUACACCAUGUAGAAAUGUAAUCACAUUAAAAAAAGGCAUGUUAUUUCUGACCAUGUGUCGAUGGCAUUUAAUAAUGGUCUUCCUAUGAACUAUCACUAGGUUAUAUUGAUCUUUCAAAGAGAAGAGUAUCACCAGAAGAGGUGAAGAAAUGUGAAGCAAAAUAUUCAAAUGCAAAAACCGUAAGUUGGUUAUUAUCCUCGAUGCCAUGCCACUACCAUGACACAAUAUGCUUGACACAAAACAACUUACACAAUAAAUCAGUUUGCAGUGUUGACUGCUCAUCCAAAUGACACAUCUGUGCCAAUAACUAAACUGCUAUAUAACAAACUGCUACAGAAAUAAAUACACAGUGAGAUUUUGCUUACCGGGCUGUCUUGCUAAGUGGGCCAGUCCGCCUUCCAUAUAAACAGCCCCUAACACUGGCCUCUCCCUAAUAAACACCUCCUAUUCCUCGAAGUACCACCAUUUAUUGAGUCAUUAAGGAAUCAUUUGUACCAAGGUUCAUAGCAUCCUACGGCACACUGCUGAGAUUCUGAAAUAUGAAACAGAUGAACAACUUGAAGAGUUGUAUACUAAAACUGCAUGGACGUUGGACACAAACCUUAAAGGAAUUGGCAAAGCCUUUGAGGCUUUUAAAAAAGCUGUUACGUAAGUAUAAAAACAAGCUGUUCAUUUCGGCUCUGGUGUUCAUAUAGGAAACAUUUUGAUUUAUAUUUUUGACAGUGUAAAGAAUUGACAGAGAAUGUGGUCUUUCUAUAUUUAAAAUUACAAUGAUUUAUAAAUAUUAUGUUUACAUAUUUAAUUAACCAUGAUAUUUAACUAAAGCUAUCUCGUGAACUCACAAGUUACAACAACUUUUAUUAUAAUUGAUUACCAAAUUACAAAAUAAAUAAAACCCACAGGGGGGUUACACACAACAGAAAUAGUAUUAUACAUCAAUAGAAAUAUUUAGAAUGUCUUUUUUGUGUCUUAUUCUAUCUUAUAAUGUAUUAUCAUAUGAAGUAGUAGAAUUAUUGUCCAAGCAUACUAGAAUUAUUUUUAAAAUCAAGAAACCAUUGAAACUGUCUGCAAGAUAUAGAUGAGGUCAACAGAGCCUGAAAUAAUUUUAAAAUUUGUCCGGAAAAACUUCCGAUCAAAACGAAAUUUGACCAGAAAUUUGCAAAAUUGACCGGAAUAUUUUUUAGUUUAGUUUGACCAAGUCCACACGCCCCCCCCCCCAAUGAUGAAACUCAUGCAGACGUGCACUGAGUAAAUCACUCUACUUGCAGUAAUAAAACACAAAUGUUUAAUGCUCAAUUGCUUAUUGGAAUAGUUUUAGUGAAUAAUAAUUUAAUCACGCCCGCCGACGCUGUUUUUAUCUUGACCCGACAACCUGGAAGAUAUUAAAAACAAUACGUUUCCUUGAUUACUUUAUAUUAGCCUAAUAUAGAUAAUCCAAACUUACAGAUGGUACUCACUGUGCUGAGUGCCGACCCGAUCAUUAAGAAAACAUUUUUCUUUUUCUCAAAAUUUGGCCGGACAAAAUUUCCGAUCAUUUCAGCAUUUGGUCGGAAAAAUCGGAAUUUGGUCGGAAAAUCGCCGGCCGUUAUUUCAGGCUCUGGCCGUCAACAUAAUCAUCACAAGAGAUCAGGAUUCACAAAUCAAUUAAAUUGUUUCAAGAAAUUGACACCUGCUAACAGUAGAAGUUCUGCUAAUCACUAUUCGAAAAUCAGAAAAUGUUUCAUUAAGCAGAUGUUUUAAUGUGAUGCUGGACUUUUCUAGGGGGGUGAUAGAUACCACUAGUUGGGUUGCAUACUGCCCUGCACUUACACCGACCACCGUAGAUCGACCCCUGCUUAGAAGGUCAAGGUAAUUAAAAAAUGAAUGAUCAGGUAUCUACUGUUGUAUCACCAGGGAUCAGACUGUGUUGGAUAAUCUCGGUGUUGACGAGGAAACAAAGAAAGUUCUGUUGAAUAACAUCACUCAAAGACUGAUGCCGCAAGCUGUGAAAUGUCGAGCUGAUAUUCAAGUCUCGUGUUUUACACAUGAGGGAAUUGACGCGGUGAAAGAAGCAUUAAUGAAGGGCUUAGAAAACGACCACGAAGAUAUGCCAAUCAAGGUACGAUGAGGCGGCUUAAGAGGGAGUCCCACCCCCUGUUAGAAGAGAGCUGGGCGAGGGCAUCAUGCAAUCCUGGGAGGAUGAGGGGGGUGGCACACCCCACUAUUGGGGGGUAAAUAUAUAAUCCUCCCCACACACAACACAUGAUCAAUAUUUAUUCCACGUCAGUUGUAGUUUGGCUGACAUUCCGCAUCAUUCUACUUUUUAAAAAACAAUUUUCUCAACGAGUAUACUGAACAAUCUCUGAAAGAGCUCUACUCACUGAACUUUAAAAACGGAAUCCUGGCGUUUAAAAACCAAGUUCUGCCAUUUGAAAAGGGAGUUCUGGUAUUUGUAAAGGGAGUUCUGGCAUUUGAAAAUGGAGUUAUGGCGUUUGAAAAGGUACUUCUGCCAUUUGAAAAGGGAGUUCUCGCAUUUGUAAAGGGAGUUAUGGCGUUUGUAAAUGGAGUUCUGGCGAUUGAAAAGGUAGUUCUGGCGUUUGAAAAGGGAGUUCUGGCGUUUGAAAACGAAGUUCUGGCGUUUGAAAAGGGAGUUCUGGCAUUUGAAAACCAAGUUCUGCCAUUUGAAAAGGGAGUUCUGGCAUUUGUAAAGGGAAUUCUUGCGUUUCAGUACUCGCAUAAAAAUCUCACAGCUUGUCAACAAGAUAUGUUCGCACUGCUUGUUCCCAGUUAUUGACAAGUUGUCACAACAACUGGGAACAAGCAGUGCGAACACAUCCUGAUGUUGGUUUGACAACGACCUUGUUUGUAGAUCUGUAACAACUUGUGUGUUUUUACGUGUGUGUCCCACCCCAGUUUUCUUUCAAUUUUGCCCCCAAGCACUUGUGAAAAUACAUAAAAUGUAAUGGGGUCUACCGGCCGCCUCCUCACUUUCUGGAAUAGAUUGUCAUUCUUGGAACUGGACCACCACAUUCAACCAAAAGUAUAAUUAUUUUCCACAGAUAAAUUUGAUCGCACCUCCGACAUAUGUCGUCACGACAACGACAAUGAACAGAGAGGAAGGUCUCAAGGCACUGGAAACUUCAAUCAAAGCGAUCGAAGACCUCAUUCUAAGCAAGAAAGGGACAUUCGUUUUACAACAAGCCGUAAGUUACCAUAACAUGAAUGCUAUAUAGUAUUUGCCCUACUUUACUAUUUCUCACACACCGCUGAGGGAUGCUGUACACACAAGCGCAGCCUGACCUUUAAUCAACAAAAAUAUCUCGUAUUUACAACAAAUGGAUCUGUACAAAUAUUUAACUGCAUCUCCAACUAAUUAUCACACAAUUAAACCCAAUUCUAGUUAGCACUACUGCCACUGCAUAAUAGGGUGGGUGGGUUGGACGCAGGUGACAGGUCAGGCUGGCACGAGGCAGGCAAAAAAGUAACUCUGACGACCUUGACCCCACCCUUCAGCCAGUCCCCCUUAGCAGUGUGUGAGAAAAACGUUUUCUGUCUCUUUCGUUCCUCAAAAACGUUUAGGUUUCGUUCCUCAGUUUCGUUCCUCAGUUUCGUUCCUCUUUCGGCAGAAAAUAACACUUUAUUCUGUCAUUAGCCAGAUCAUUUCAUGCUCGUCAAGGGGAGAGCACUGGGUAAUUGCUGGAUAGUAUACUUCAAACUAAGGUUUCCGUUUUUAUAUCAAUUUUUAAAAUAAGUUAGGUUAGGGUUGGGGUUAGUGUUAGGCUUUAGUUUUGCGUUAGGAUAGUUUUUUCUACGUGAUAAAAACGGAAAAUGAUCAACUUUAAUAUUUUGAAGUAUACUAUAUUACUAUCUAGCAAUUACCGAGAGCACUGCCGCUCAAUGGGUGUCAUGUAUUAAUAGUACAUGUAUGUUUGCAAAAUUUUCAGCCCAAAGUGGUGACAGAACUCGACGAAGCAGACCUCGCCAAAGAACUGGAGAAACUUGAGAAAGAAAACGCCGAGGUUGAUGGCGACGAUGACAACCCUGACGACGAAGACGAGCAAGACGAGCCUUGAGAUGUCGAACAAUUCAGAUUAUUCUUUGUCAUAGUGCACCUCAAAAAU